GCAACCCGUCGGCACCGAUUCUUCUUAUUUACGGGUUUUAAUUUAUUUAUACAAUAAUAAUAACCGUCGGUGCCGACUGGGUGGCUAAAAGCCCCCAUAAACGGUAUUUUAAUAACAACAGUUGCAAUAAUUAUGAUAACAUCAUCAGUAUUAACAUUAGCAGCAAUAGCAUAAGCUCACACUGGCUAACAAAGUAGUAGCAGUAAUCGCCGUGGUAGUGGUAGUUGUUACAAAGUGAUGAGGAGUCUAUAAGUUUACGUAUUAAAAAGGUCAUAUGCAUUUAGUGAGUGUACGAUGAAACCGAGGAGACUAGUCUCGAGCAAACAGUCUCGUAUCACACAACAGUCAUCUAGUUCUUCAGCAUCAGCAUCAUCAAAUACUGAAGACGAAAACGAAGACGCAGCGACGUUAAAAGAGCGUCGCUUACGCGUCACUUGUUAUAUAUAAUCAUAUAUUUAAUAUAUUUCUUCAUCAGCAAGUCAUUUUUUGGCUCACUAUUCUGUGUCAUACGUCAGUACCCAGAUUAAAAUUAAUAUUAAUAAUAAUAAAUCUUAAUAAAUAAAUAAAUAAUUACGAAGAUGAUGUGUGGAUAGUGUUCACUGCCUGGGAGCGUAUGCUGCGCAUACCCAAACAACCCACGUGAAAAAUAAAAUGGCACCCCAUGAGAGUACUUGGAAUGUUUUGCUACUGGUGUUGUUGUUGUGUACGAGCUGUAUGCUGCAUUGCGCAGCACGCUCGUACGAUGAUACCAGACGUUCAGCUUCUGGGGAUGACGGCGAUGGAUCUGUGAUGGAAGUACUGCCAAUGCAUGGACCCAGUGCAGAUAAUCAUGAUCUGCCGCAGGACCUGGGUAAGCCGUAUCCUGGGAAAAGCUUCGGACCCAUGGGACCCAUCGAUCGCACCUUUCUCGACGAUUCACUCCGUAACCUUGAGAGCGGCGAUGACGGCGGUGUUAAUGGGAGAGAUCCUGCUGCUGAUGGAAAUGCUGCUAAUGGAAAUUCAAACGGCGUUAUUGGACACCAAAAAAGAACAGAGUACAAAGUAUUUAGCGUUGAAUUUCAUCGAGUUGAAACACCAUUCAUCAUAGGCAUCUGGAUAUUUUUCGCCAGUCUUGCUAAGAUUGGUUUUCACAUGGCGCCCAAAUUCAGCAAAAUGUUUCCCGAGUCCUGUCUGCUUAUCGUCGUGGGAGUUGUCAUUGGAGUCCUGCUGUUUCAUGCUAGCACUGUACAUGUAUCACCACUUACACCAGAUACAUUCUUCCUUUACAUGCUUCCACCUAUUAUACUUGAUGCUGGUUAUUUUAUGCCCAACCGAUUGUUCUUUGACCAUUUGGGAACUAUUCUGCUGUUUGCUGUCAUUGGGACAAUAUUCAACACUUUAUCGAUAGGCGCAACACUUUGGGUUUUAGGAAAGAGUGGUCUUUUUGGUUUUACAACACCACUUCUCGACAUGUUUCUUUUUUCUGCACUAAUAAGCGCAGUUGAUCCAGUCGCUGUACUUGCAGUUUUUGAAGAAAUUCACGUCAAUGAAAUUCUUUAUAUUGUUGUUUUUGGAGAAAGUUUGUUGAAUGAUGCCGUCACCGUUGUGCUGUAUCACAUGUUCGAGACAUACAGCGAAAUGGGUCCAUCAAGAAUAACAUACAUGGAUAUACUAUCAGGUCUGGGAUCGUUUCUCGUUGUUGCUAUUGGAGGAACAAUAAUAGGUGUAAUAUGGGGUUUAGCUACUGGCUUCGUAACACGUUUUACCAAUCAAGUACGCGUGAUUGAACCCAUCUUUAUAUUUGUCAUGGCCUAUCUGGCUUACCUCAAUGCCGAGAUAUUUCACAUGUCGGGAAUUCUCGCCAUAACUUUUUGCGGCAUAACUAUGAAAAAUUAUGUCGAAGCAAAUAUCUCUCACAAAUCUCACACGACUGUCAAGUACACGAUGAAGAUGCUGUCAAGCAGCUCUGAGACAAUUAUAUUUAUGUUUCUGGGUGUUGCGACAGUAAAUAAUAGGCAUGAUUGGAAUACGUGGUUUGUCGUUAUGACUAUUGUACUGUGUUCAGUCUAUCGGAUUGUCGGUGUAAUGGUACUCACGGCAGUGGCUAAUCGAUUUCGCCUGCAUAAACUGGACAAGGUAGAAAAGUUCGUGAUGUCGUACGGAGGUUUGCGUGGGGCCGUGGCAUUCGCCUUGGUACUUCUCAUCGACCCGAAACACGUGCCUCUGCAACCGAUGUUCGUAACGACCACUAUUGCUGUCAUUUAUUUCACCGUUUUCAUUCAGGGUAUAACAAUUAAGCCAUUGGUAAAAAUAUUGAAUGUAAAAAGAGCUGAGAGGCGGAAACCGACCAUGAAUGAAAGAAUACACGAGAGGAUUAUGGAUCAUAUAAUGGCAGGUGUCGAGGACAUUCUGGGGAAACAUGGAAAUUAUCAUUUGAGAGACAAAUUCAAAAGGUUCGAUAACAAAUUUAUACGUCCGUAUGUGGUGAGAAAUCAUUGCGGUGCUGAGCCAAAAAUAUUGGAAACUUACUCGAAGCUAGCGAUGAAAGACGCUAUGGAUUAUAUAAGAAGAAACGCAUCGACGAUUGGAAAUAUAAGCGGCACCGAGAGUAUGUCUGCGAUAUUCCGGAACUACAGCAACCCAGGACACUUUAACUCAAGGUGGGCAGUCCAGAAGAAGUUGAAAAUUAGUCAACACCGUGUCACACCGUUAUUAGCUAAGGGAAGUACAUGUUCCAGUAAUUUUCCUUUUGUUCAUUCAAGUCCAAGUUGCAGUCAACUCGAGGCCGGGUGGAACAUUGACCUGCAGGAGCUCGAGUACUAUCCGUCGAAGAAAGACUUGACAGAUGCUAAAAUCCAUCAUCUACUCGCUGAAGAACUCUGCAAGCCGUACAAAAGGACUUACGUGUUUCAGCAUCGCCGACUAAGCUACAGUCGUCAUGCAGUUAAUGACCGUGAUUUAUCAACACAAGUCAAUUAUAAAAUGCACAUGAACAUUCGUCGGAUGAUGGGUGAGCACAAACACCGACACAAACGCAGUAAAAAAAUAAUAAAGGAGGGUAGUAAGCAAAAUCACGUGAGUUUUCCUGAGCUUCAACAGCAAAAUGGCUCUACGAAGCUUUUUUCUCCAGAUUAUAUAGAUAGUGAUUUGUACAAAAUGGAAGACGAAGAAGAAGUUAAACCAACGCGAGAUCCUGACUGGGAUUCAGCGAUUACUUUUACAGCUCGUGCUUCAGAUUCCAAUCAAUACGGCGAGGGUUCACGAUGUGAAAAUGGUCACAGUGAUGACGAUACUGAUGACGAUGAUAACACAGAAUGUGGAAUAAUGCGGCGACAUCGUGGGGAAUCUGAAGGCGAGUCAUUUAGAGUAACAACUCCAACCGCUACGGAAACAAUGUUGCCAUGGAAACGAGAGGAUGAUUAUGAUUCAGCGAGACCAGUCCAGCAAAAUGAAUUUCCUGCUUGGUGCUCAAAUAAAGAAUAUCUAGCAUACAGUUCACCAUCAGCAACAUUUUUAGGAGGUAUUGAACAACCAAAAGUACAAUCUGUGAUUGGUCUUUUUCGUAAAGACAGCGCUGGGAGUCCAGAUAUUGCGGGUUACCGGGAUCUAGACGAGAGCGAUGAAUUUGCGGGCGUUGGUUUUACAAAUGGAACAUUUUCACCGAGAACUACCGAUAAAUCGAGUAAAGUAAAACGACGAGGAUCAAUGAUGGAACUUAAUUCCGCGGAGUCAAUACACAAAGAAAAAGUAAAUAACAAUGGAUCGCAUUCGUUGCCAGAGUACUGGAACUCACAAAGGUUACGUUUACAACAAUCGCAAACAACUUUUCCAUGUUCAACGGGAAAUGCUCCGAGUUUAUCGACAGCACUUAUAUCCUCGUCGACAGAAUCCUCCGAGGAUUAUGAGGAGGAUUGACCAUGGAUAGAAACGACGUCUUCCUAUGAGGAACGUCCACGCCGAGAAAGUGACCUUUGUUCGGUUCUGUCGGGUUUAUUCCGCCGGCCGAGUACUCCUGUCUAAAUAAAAUAAAAUUAAUAAAAUAAAUAACAACAAACAUGAAAAACAGACAAAACAAAACCACAGAUUAAUAUUUUUUCACAUUAAGGACUCGCAGGAGCUUUUAAAAUAUUGCUGACAAAAAAAGUAAAUAGAAACAAAGAGAAAAAUAAAUAAUAAAAAAAAAAAGGAAGUAAAAAUAAAUAAAAAUAAUGUAACUCGAUGCUGAAAACGUUUAAUGAGAAUUUACUUAAUUUAAUUAACGCCGUAACUACGUGGUUUUUAAAUUAAAAACAAAUAAGUAAUAAUAUAAAACGCGAAUAAUUUUAUUUUGCAUUGAGAAUUGUAUAAAGAAUUAAUUAAUAAAAGGAAUUUUAUUUAAUUAAAUGUAAUUAUAAUGACGAAGAGAAGGAUAUAAUGUUUCAAGUUUUAAUAAAAGUCUUUCAGUUUGUAUAAGAAAAAAAAAAACAAAAAAAAAAAAAACCAAAAAGAAAAAGAAGAAUUAUUUAAAAAAAAAAGACGCCGUGGACCGCUUUGACAUGGGUGCCUUCUAUACAAACGCGCUGUUUGAUUAAUGAAGUUCACUAAUAAGACAAUGAUUUGAAGGCAACGACUGUAAUUAAAUGAUAAUACUCGAGAAAAUAAUAGCCGGUAAUGAGGAAGAAGAAGACGAAAGGAAAAAAAUUUGAGAGCAUAAGAAUGAAAAAUACCGAAGGCCAUAUCAUAAAAUGAUAACAAAAUGAAAAAAAAAAAUUGUGUAACAUUUAGUAGACACUCGGAUCAAUAAACAAGGCUUCGGUUUGAAUUUUCUAAUACCUCUCACAUCGCUAGGAUAACGUCCGCUAUAUUUUUAGUCAAUUUUAGGAUUAAUUGCACCACUGAGUGGUACGGUAAAAAAAAAAAAGAGAAAAAAUCUAAAUGAAAUAAAAACAGUACAACUUUGCUAAUUUUCCUUUAGUAAAUUUGUAGCAAAUUUAAAAGAUAUGUUGAAGCCAAAAAAUUGGUGAUUAAUUUUAAAAUAAAUUGUGUAAUAAUAAUUAUAUUUAUUAUUUAUUAUUGAAGACGGUGUCUUGUGUGGGAGCGGUCGUGUGUGUGUUGAGUCCGAGUAUACGCGUUCAUUCAAUGCAAUGAUUGAGUGAACGUUCAUUAAAUUGUAGAUAAUAUAAAUAAGUAAAUUAAAACAAAUAGUUAAAUUUAGACAUACACUAAAUCUUUACGCUGUUGAUUUGUUAAAUAAAUGUUUUAUUUCAUAUCUGUUAUCAAACUUUUUUUUUUGUCAAUACAUCCUGCAUCUUAAUUAUUUGUCAGUACAGUACGAUCUGGUUAUAAGUUACUGAUAGCUAGAGGCUGUAGGAAAAAAUUUCCGGAAAAUGGAUUUCCCCUGCUGCUAUCUUUUACUCGGCUAUCGCUCGGUUUUCUGCAUAUUCGAGGGUCAUAUUUAUGUUUGUGCUCGCAGUCCCUUUAUAAGUUAAUUGAAAGAAAAGUAUUUUUGCAUUUAAAAUAAAUAUUUCAACGAUUGCAACUAAACUUGUUGGAAAAACGCGCGAAAUAGAUUAUGUUAAAGACACAAUCACGUUGGUUUCAAAAACCAAAUUUUUUUUAUACGCCCUUAUGGCUCCCGAUAACAAUUUCGGGAGCCAUAGGGACGUAUAAAAAAAAUUUCAUUUUUGAAAAAAAAUUAUUUUCGUCCCUAUUAUAUUUAUAGAACAUAAUUACGUCAAUUUUCGUAAAAAACAAAUUUAAUACGCCCUUUGGUUUUUCAGCGGUAUAUUUUGCAGGUAUACGCCCUUACGGCAUCUGCAACGCGAAUUAAUUUGAACUGUUAAUCGAUAAAUAAUUUAAUUAUAAAGAAUCGCAGUACAUGUUAGAGUAAAAAAUAUCAUUUUAUUUAAUUAACUUACAAAAGGGCUGCAGAAAUCUCCUUCGUGAUAAAAGAAAAACUUCGUUAGUGAAACUAGAGCGGGGGCACCAAUCCGAGAGGAGCGAAAAAAAAUAUAGGGAAAGUAACUUAUAACGAGGUUGUACUGUAAAAUAAUUUUUUUAUUAUAGUUAAAGGUAGUUGAAGUGAUUUUGAAUUUAUUUAUACACUAAUAAUAUUGUAAUAAAAUAAAUUGAAAUAUUUUUUCCA